CAGCUCAGCGAUGCCUCCAGGCCUGUGGGAGAGAUACUUCUGGUUGUGGGGGCCCCUUUUGCAGCUCAGCAUUGGCAGUUCAGAGGAUAUACCUCCUACCCUGCAGCCUAAAUGCACUGACUUCCAGAAUGCCAACCUCCUCCGAGGCACCAAUCUCAAAGUCCAGUUUCUCCUCUUUGCCCCUUCAGAUCCUAGCUGUGGGCAGCUCGUGGAAGAAAGCAGUGACAUUCAAAACUCUGGGUUCAAUGCCACUCUGGGAACCAAACUAAUCAUCCACGGAUUCAGGGCUUUAGGAACAAAGCCCUCCUGGAUUGAUAAAUUCAUUAGAGCCUUUCUGCGUGCAGCCGAUGUUAACGUGAUUGCUGUGGACUGGGUUUACGGGUCAACAGGUGUCUACUUCUCAGCCGUGGAAAAUGUGGUUAAGCUGAGCCUCGAGAUCUCCCGUUUCCUCAAUAAACUCCUGGUGCUGGGCGUGUCGGAGUCCUCAAUCCACAUCAUUGGUGUUAGCCUCGGGGCCCACGUUGGGGGCAUGGUGGGACAUUUCUACAAAGGCCAGUUGGGACGAAUCACAGGCCUGGACCCCGCUGGACCCGAGUACACCAGAGCCAGCCUGGAGGAGCGCUUGGAUGCUGGAGAUGCCCUCUUUGUGGAAGCCAUCCACACAGACACCGACAAUCUGGGUAUUCGGAUUCCCGUCGGACACGUGGACUACUUUGUCAAUGGAGGCCAAGACCAGCCUGGCUGUCCCACGUUCAUUCAUGCAGGAUACGAUUACCUGAUCUGUGAUCACAUGAGGGCUGUGCAUCUCUAUAUGAGUGCCCUGGAGGAUUCCUGUCCACUGAUGGCUUUUCCCUGUUCAAGCUACGAGGCCUUCCUCGCGGGGCACUGUCUGGAUUGCUUCAACCCUUUUCUGCUUUCCUGUCCAAGGAUAGGGCUGGUGGAACAAGAUGGUGUCAAGAUAGAGCCCCUUCCCAAGGAAGUGAGAGUCUACCUCCUGACCACUUCCAGGGCUCCGUACUGUGUGCAUCACAGCCUCGUGGAGUUUCACUUGCAGAAGGUGAGAAACAAGGACACCAUCAUCAAGGUCACUUUCCUUAGCAGCAAUAUCACCUCCUCAGUCAAGAUCACGAUACCUAGGCAGCAAUGCCAGGGGAAAGGCAUCAUAGCCCACCCCAACCCUCAGUGCCAGAUAAACCAAGUGAAACUCCAGUUUAAAGCCUCCACCCAGAUUUGGAAAAAAAAACAGACUACCAUUGUUGGGAACUUCUGCACUUCCGCUCUGCCCGUCCAUGACAGCACAAAGACGGUCUGCUUACCGGAGCCAGUGAGCUUACAAGCAAGCGUGGCUGUUUUUCACGACCUGAAAGUAGCCUGUGUGUAAUAUAAGCCUGGACUGAACAUAGCUCCCUGG